UUUUUUUCUGUGGGAACCCUGUACUAUAACAUACUAUAAAAUUUAUAUAUAUAUAAAAUGAUUUUGAAUAUAUAUAUAUAGAAAUGAUUUUGAAAACAUUGAUAUCUGUUUUAGUUUAUAUCAUUUCUGACUGAUAUAUAUAGAAUGUCUCUUAUUUUGAAAAUAUGGUCUGUUGAUCAAUCCAAAAAAAAAAUAGUUUUGCUAAAGAAAGAUGAAGACUUCCUUACUAAGGUUGCCAGUAAAUUUGGUUUGUUGUCAGGAAAUGAUCUUAAAUUUGCAUUUCAAACCGAUGGAACAGAAAUUGAUGAUUUUGACUACGAAGUGUUGAAACAUUUUUCUGAUAGCGGUACAACUAUUACAGUGCUUGUCAAUGAUGAGAAAUGGGUACCUAACAACUUGGCUGUGUUAACCCCUGAGGUUUGCAGUUCUGCAUGUAUUAAAGAGGACUGUUUUGAUACCAAUAAAGCAUUUGUCUUUACCGGCCAAACGAUAUUGAGUCAGGAUGAUACAUUUUCUUGUUCAAAUGCGUUAAAGGCUUACCUAGCACAACAUCCAAAUACCUUACAAUAUAUGAAUGAAAUAAAUAAUUUCAAUGUCAAUUGCAAUGCAAGACAACAUAUUGUUAGAGUUGUUAUGCACAAAAUGGUUUGCUUAUAUGGAAACUAUCCAAACAAAUUUCAAAAAAGCAAUGUUGCAGUAUUGCUAGGUGAAACUCUUGGAUUGCCAAGCAGAAUUUUUUAUGAUCCUGUAAGUUAUAAUGGGUAUCUUGACAGGGCUCUGGAAAAUGCAAGGAGAAAGUUAUUGCCUUCAGCUAAAAAGCAUACCUGGUCACAAAAAAGGGAAGCAGUUAAAAUCAAAAUACCUGAUUCUACUGUUUCCAGGGUUUUUACUGAAGAAACAGAAGAAGCUUCUUGCUCAAAAAAAUGGAAAGAAGGAUGUCCUCGUGGCUUGGCGGAUUGUUUGAUAUGUGGAGGUGUUUCAAACAUUGAAGAUGUUGACAAACUAAGAUAUCUUGCCUCCAUCAGAGUCGAGGAAGUAAAACGAUGUACACAAUCUACUUUUUGUUUGCGACAGACAUGGGUUGCAGAUGAGAAACCAGUCUUGUCUACGAUUAUAAAAAAUUAUCCUAAAUUUGCAUUAAUUCCUGAAUUGAUUGAUAUUGAAUUUUCAACCAAAUAUCCUAUAUGUAAGCCACAUUUAUUGGAUACAUUUUUGAAUAAAACUGUUCAGCCACUUUAUCAGUAUUGUGGACUAAUGAAAGUUAGUUAUCUGACAAACCUAGUCAAUGCACCUAACCAGAGUAAUGAUGAUUGGCGAGUGUAUAAUGCAUGCAAAAUGUUAUGCUAUUUAUUACGGAAAGGAGGAAAGCAAAGGAAAUCUGCCCCUGAGAUAAUGGAACACAUUAUGAUAUGCAAUGUCGGUGAGUCGAUUGCAUUUUUCGCAGAAAAUCUUGAGAACCCAUAUCCUGUUUUGUUAAUACAAGGGCAGGAAGGCGAAACUAUUUUAUCAAUAAACAUUGCAUAUGAAAAAAAAAUAAUCAAUGCAGGCAAAUCUAUAACGGAAGGUAUAGAUCGAAUGCUUAAACUUUACUGGUGUUUCAAUAUUCAAUAUGAUCCAAUUUCUGAUUAUUUUUGGCAGUUCAUUCAGACUCAUUAUGAUCUUGACACUGGAAAAAAGCCUAAAUGUGUAAUUGAACUACUGGCUAGUUUACUAAAAUAUACAAUGUAUUCAAGUAAUAGUUUCUGAUUUUUUUAUCUCUAACAAAUAUGUUUUUAUUUUAUUGAUUUAAUCUAUCUUGAUAUCUUUUUUUAAACUGAAAGAAAAAAGCUCAAAAGAGACUCUUUUUAGUGGAAAUUU